AUGGUUGUUAUUCUUGAGGACAAUGCCCUCCUGAUCAGGCACUGUUUGGCAGAUCUAGUCUCCAUUGUCGCUGUGGCUACCAAAUUUAGCUCUGUGGCAGGAGCCAGGCCAGGCACACCCCUCGAAUGGGCUGUAGAUGCCCGAAACAUUGCUGCAGUACGGUAUCUCCUCCACCUUGGAUCAUAUCUGAGCGUCUCAGACUCUGGCUGGCCUGCUCUACAUCGAGCUGCAUCACGACAUGAUUGUAAAAUUCUUGCUAUAUUACUUGCAGACAUCUCUACCGAAGCGCUGAUGCGAUAUGACCAUUCUGGUCGGUCACCAUUAGCAUGUGCAGUUGCAGACAUCCAUGCGCUCGACCGAUUAUUGAUUAGCGAGGGCAAUCAAGAUCUCUCGGAGCGAAUCAUGAAAAUUUUUCGAGACAAACUUCACGAUCUCAAAAAGCUCAAUAUCGCCACGGAGAGCGGCGAAUCUGUUGUAUACCACGCACUACGGUCAAACAAACUCAACUCACAUACCAUAAGCGCUUUCUGGGAUUGGAACCGGGAGAUACAAGACACGAAUGUUAUUCCCGGUCCUACGGGUUCAAAUCAGUGGUCGGCUUACCGUCGUGCCAUGUAUUGCAGCAAUGCCGAUCUAUUUGCGUUGAUGUCCGUAAUCUGCGGCAACACUGUUCUUGUGCAGACAUAUGUGGACCAUAAGUUGGAGAAUCCACUAGCAGGACUUGAAAAGAGUCGGUUCCUGGCCUUUAUCAUCGAGUAUCCGGCCCAGGACCCUUAUACGUUGAGCACAUGGCUGUCGCUCACAAGGGAAGAUCCCAUUGUCGAGGCUACCAGAAGGUCUCCUCAUCCAACCAGCAUAUCAAAGCCCUUGCAGUACCUACUGCAAAAUGAGCAAGCAUGGUGGGAGGACGCCAAGGAGAAGACUAGCUAUUGGAAGCAAAGCAUCUUGGGCGAGAUGCCUUUGUUUGAAAACGAUGUAGAUCAUGAUCCUAUCAUUUCUUGGACACCAAGUCUCCUAGCCUCUUUCAAAUUUAAUAGUGAAGGUGAGCAAUCGGCUGCUGUGGUUCGCUACAGAGCCGACCGCGUCUUGGACAACAACGUAUUUGGACUAGGUCAUCGUUUGCGCCAUACACUAGACUAUGGUUCGUUCCUGCUACGGUCCAACCCUGAUGCUCAAGCACACAACAGAGACGGGCACCCAUAUCUGACAGCACUUGAGCUUGUGUUCUCAGUCGUGUUGUACAGCAACUACAAGAUCCACGCUAGGCAAAACUUCAAUAAUUUGCUGUGGCAUUUCCGAGGGCCGAAAUAUUGCAACUUCCCCUAUUAUCAGUACUUGCUUACUGGCCGUAUGCGUAUCGAAUAUCUGCGCAGAAGAGAGACGGUUUUGCACCGGGCAGUUCAUCACGGAGAAUAUGAUAUAGUUCAAAGCCUCAUUGCGGGAGGUGCAGACAUACAAAUGGCAAAUAACAUAUGGCAAACACCAUUGCAUCUAGCCAGGCUGAUAUUUGAAGGCAAGAAUCCAGACGGGUACGGGCAUCGCGGAACAUUUCUUGGACGGCUCGGACCUGGUGUCGCUCCUGCGGUAUUGAGCAGCCCAUGGGAUGAGUACGAGAGGGACGAUCUUGGUGUGCGAUUUGUCCUGUUCUACCUUGCAUCGCUCUUCAUCUUCAUGGGAGUAUUGACAUUAGUCUCGCGCCUCCUAUCGUUUUUCCCCUUCAACUUCUUCCAGCUCGCCCCCGCAUUCGAACAGCAGUCACGGGAGCUCGAGAAUCUUCAAAUGUGUUAUCUCAACGGCACCCGAAAUAAUUCGAGCCAGCACGACGCGUGUCGCCUGGAUCGAUGGACUUUGGCACCCCUCGACAUACAAAUGAUCAUACCAGCCGUCGACCAGCGGCUCCAGUCUAUGCUUGACGUCAUAGAUGACUGUUACGAUCCCUCGACAAAUGACACACUUCCUGAACCGGUUGGACAUAUUGAUGAAGAUCCGUUUCUGCCUGGCUGUCCUCCUCUGAAUACGCUCUGCAAGGACAAUAGGGUUGUGGAUGCAAUAAUCGCGGUCAACAGAGCGGUGUACAGGUUUCUUGAAAAGGAAUGCAAGUGCAAGUGUAGCUGGUUCAACGAACCGCGCACUGGGUUCGAGAAAAAAACGGACCUGGGAUAA